CCGAGAUUAAAAUGUUACGGGGAAGGGGCCGCGCGUUACUGUAGAUAAGUGUUUGCCGGGCGGUGAGGUCUGUUCUUGUGAAAUUCGUAAGCGUUGACCCCAUGCCUAGCUCACCAGUGUGGUGAUCUGGAGCAAAGAAAUUCCUGCCUGGCCGUCUGUGGCGAGGUGCAAAAAAAAACUACUGAAAAAGCUACCUACUGACCAGUCAUCCAGAUGCAGUGUGUGCUACUGACGGCCGGCCGGGCGCUGCUGCGGCCGGCUUGGCCUGCCGCCGCUGCCGGCCUGCGCACGUCCACAGCCGCCGGCCUGCGCACGUCUACAGCCGUCGGCGUGCGCACGUCCACAGCCGCCGGCCUGCGCACGUCCGCCGCCGGCCUGCGCACGUCCUCCGAGACCUCCGGCCAGUCGCUCCAGCUGCGGCCAAUCUCGAAGGACCGGCGCAACCCGGUGCCGGUGGAGACGAGCAUCGCCUACCUGCAGAGCGAGGCGUACCGCGCGACGUACGGCGACCAACCGGUGUGGCGCAGCUAUCGGCGCAACCACAAGGGCCACAUUCCGCCGCGCAAGACGCGCCGCACGUGCGUGCGCGGCGGCGAGGUGUCCACCGGCAAUCCGUGCCCCGUCUGCCGCGACGAGUACUUGGUGCUGGACUACCGGAACACGGCGCUGCUGAAGCAGUUCGUCUCCGAUUUCAACGGCGCCGUGCUGGACUUCUCGCGGACCGGCCUGUGUCAGGUGAAGCACCGCGAGCUGCUGGCCGCCAUGCACAAGGCCAAGGAGUACGGCACCAUUUCGUUUGACGUGCCCUUCCGCGUGUACGACUACGACGAGUACAGGCCUAAGUAGCUGGCAAUUGGUAUGUGGCUCGCUGGGUUUGGUAUGUUGAAAAAAUUGGAUCAAAGUGACGCGCGCUUUUGUGAAUACAUGCUGGAACGGUCCUAA